AUGAAUAAGAUAUUCAGUGAGCUUUGUUACGCCUGCAGGGUCGGUGAUAAAGAAAAUGUGGACCGCUUAGCUUCAACGGGCGUCAAUCUGAACGCUGUCGAUGAAUUCGAUAACUCCCCUCUCUUUCUAGCUAGUCUCUGCGGACAUGAGGAGGUUGUCAAGCUGCUUCUGGAAAGGGGUGCAGUAUGUGACAGAGAUCGCUACGAAGGAGCUCGUUGCAUAUACGGCGCUUUGACGGAUUCGAUCAGAGACAUAUUACUCCAGUAUGACAUCUCAAAAGCGGUUGACCUCAACCAACCAUUUGUUAUGCAUCUUUCUUCUUUGUUGAAAGAAAGCGCUUAUCAAACGCACGAUAUAUGCAUUACUUCCUUGGGAAGCAAACAAAAUAACAGAUUGCGGCUUCAUAAGUUCAUUCUGAAUACUAGAAGUCCUGGUUUUGCGGGUCAAGUAGACUUUUUUAAUGGCGGCAAACACUGUAUCGAGAUACCCUCGAGCGUUUCCCCGACCGUGCUUGAGAUCGUAACCAAGUUUAUUUACUUAGUGCCAGUCCUCCACGAAAUCGACGCUAGAGACAUGAACUGCUUGAUCGAUUUGUCAGCUCUCUGGGGAAUGUCUGAACUCAAAGAGUUUUUGGAGCGAGUCAGACAUGUCAUAGAUCCAUCCGAAAAAUCUACCAUGAUGGUCGAAUAUCAGCAUAGAAUUACUGAAAGAGCGAGAGAACAGCUCUGCUGCUUUGUGAAUGAUAAUAUACUGCGAAAUGCUGUCGAUGUGGGCCCUAACUUAUCCUUGCGGAGUCAAGAGCUCAUCAGCAUGUUCAACAGCUCAGCAUUUCCAGAUCUGAUUGUAGUAGUUGAGAACUCGAUGGGCUUAAAGCGCUUUUAUCCAUGUCAUCUCGCGAUUCUUAGUCGCUCGAAUUACUUCAAAAUUAUGUUCGAUCUUCCUUUAGCAGAGUGCUUUGCCUACAAACAGUUCAAAGCUUAUCGAAAUAUCCCUUCGCCAACGGAAAUUCCUACCGUCUCUUUCCCUCCUUGUGAGUUUGAAGUUGCAGAGUUAUUGCUUCGCUAUUUGUAUUAUGAUGCUUCUGAAAUACCUUGGCAAUAUGCGAUGGACGUACUUUUGAUUGCUGACCAUCUGCUCGAAGAUAGGGUGAAGUCAAUGGCAGCCGUCGUCAUAACUCAAUCAAAAGAUAUUUUGGAGGAAUAUUCAAUCUUUCAGAUACUUUAUUUGGGUUGGGAAACAAGAAUGGAAAGAUUAGAGCAUUACGCAGCGAAGAUAGUGGCAAAUGACAUACAACGAUAUGCUAAAGAUCCUGAGCUCAAGAAAGCGAUAAUGCUCAGUUCAACAAGGAUAUCCAUACGGCAGGAAACUGAUUCAAUCGAAUUUGUUGAUGAUAUGAGAUAUUAUCUACUCCAAAAAUAUGCUUUCGAAGCGGACGACGUCGAGUUCUUGGGCGAGGAGGACGAUGAAGACUUGUUAAAAGCUUCUGGCUUCUCAGACUAUAUGAAAGACAAUUCAACUAUUGAAGCCCUUCUAGGUAAGCUUAAUCUCCAAGCUUGA